AUGGCCAGACAGCUUCGCUCUCGAGCCUCUCGCCCGAACUAUGCCGCCUUAUUCCAGUACGACGACGCCGAAGACGACGGUGCGGGGCCUUCGACGCGUCCUGUGGUCGAGGAAGAGGGCGACAGUGGCAGCGACUUCGCGCCAGACGAAGUUCCCGACCAAGCCGCCGUCGAGGAGGACGACCUGGUAGAUGAGGAUGCAGAGGCAGAGGAAGAUGAUGAUGUACCAGCAGAAGAACCCUCGCGCGAACCUUCUAUGGUCCUGGCCUCCGACGCAGGCAAGCCGUCUACUGCAAGGGGCACCCCAAAGCCAAAAGCCAUGCCAGGACUCUCGUCGAAACCCAGGACAUAUGCCCUGCCCAGCGUUCACCAUCGGCACCGAGCACUGCCUUUGUUUGACAGGCCUGGGCCUGUUGAGAGACUCAUGCAGCGUCCCGCACCUUUUGGUCCGCCCCGAAUAGCGCCUACGAGUAGCUGGUCCGUCAACCCAACCAUCCUCGAGCGCAUAAGCAAGGCUUGGGGAUUCAACGUGGGACCUGGUCCACUCUGGGACUUGCUCGAAGACAGGGCAUGGUUUAAGGAGUCACUGGCUAGCGGUGGUGAGGAGACAGCUGAUGAGAGGUUCCGGAGGCCGCGGGUCCAUGAAGGUGUCAGGGUGCAUGGUUUUGAGGUCAUUGGCAUGCAGCAAGCAUAUGCAUACCUCCCGAAUGAUGCUUCUGCGCCAGAGCAAGGAGCAUCCAAGCCUCCUCCACCCGUCCCAUGCUCCUUUGGUCCAUAUGGCAAACAAACGCGUGUCGAGAUGAAUAUGUUUGAGACGCGCAAAAUUGCUGAUUUCAUUCCGGGGAGCAAGUCCCAUGUGUUCAACCCUGGAGCACCUGUGUGGGCCCUUGAUUGGUGUCCAAUACAUCCAGAUGAUCGUACACGCCUCGGUUACAAGCAGUACCUCGCUGUCGCGCUGUUCCCGUCUAACACGCACUCGCCCGUCAUCGGCGUUCGUGCACAGCGACCGAUGCACGCCUGCAUCCAGAUAUGGUCGUUGAGCCGAUCUGCCGACGCCAUGGACGUGGACGAAAUCACUGACGUCGACAAUGGCGACGAUCCGGGCGAGAUGCGGUGCGAAAUGGUGGUGUGCAUAGAAAGCGGGCCAGCGUUCGAGCUCAAGUGGUGUCCACUACCGUCGAACGACCCCGCAGAGGAAAUCGCCGUGCCAACUCGACCUAGGAAGCUAGGCGUGCUGGCGGGCACGUUUGAAGAUGGCUCUUUGUCUCUGUACACCAUCCCGGACCCCGCCAGCCUAUAUCCGGAUGGGAACCAGCCAUCCCAGCCAAUUUGUGUCAGGUUAUCUGAGCCUUUGCUGAGGUUUGAGCUUGAGGAAACCAUGUGCUGGGGGAUGGACUGGGCGAACAGUGAAGUAAUCGCAGUAGGCUGCACUAACGGAUCGAUUGCAGUAUACAACAUCGCGGAUGCACUCAAGCGGCCCGACGAGAGAACACCAACACACUACUUUGUCGUGCAUCAAUCUGCCAUCCGUUCGCUUGCCUGGGUACGUGCGCCAGGCGUGUCUGCGUCCGGCGGGCGGUGUGCAGACAACCCGACGGUGAUUGUGAGCGGGGGAUACGACGGACUCGAAUGUGUCACCGACAUCCGUGAUCCCGUAGGGAACGCCAUGAACCGAACCAGAGACGUAGUCAACUCAAUGACGUACUCAACAUGGUGUGGUGGGCCUGUCACCAUCGACCACGAGAAUAUCAUCAAGGCAUAUUCACUGUCACCGAACAUGUUGGGAAGAGGGCAAACUAUUCUCGAGCCUGAUGGACCUGCAUGGAGCCUGGCGGCAUCGGAUUACCACCCUCAACUUGCCGUUGGUGUCGCGGAUGGCAGCUUGCUGACCAGCAACACGCUGCGAGCGACACGACGCGGGGGAGCCAAUCCAUUCCUUGUACACAGAAUCUACCAACUAGAUUACAACCGGAAGGACAAGGAGUGGCGCAUGCUAGAAAGGUUCUUGCCCAAGGAAAUGCCUGUCCGACCAAACAACGUCACCGCACGCGCGCCCAAAGAUGCCCCUGAUGGAACGGGCGCAUGGCCUGCGCAGGUCGGCGUGCAGCGCGCGGUGUGGAACUCCGGAAACGGUCUAUGCGCGACGCCCUUCCUCGCCUCGUCGACUGGCUCGGGACUCUGUCGCGUCGACUGGCUGCUCGGUCGCUGGAACAAAGAUAGGAUACCGUAUUACAGCGUGGAUGGUAUCCGGGGCGAGGUGGCUGUGGAUGGCAAGGAGGAAGAUGAUGAUGACGACGACUGA